ACAAAAACCGUUUCCCACCGAAUGUGAAGAGAAGCAGCGGACGACAGCACCGCCUUUGGCUGCCAUUAGCUCUACCUCUUAACUUUCUCGUCGCAUAUAGAGAUUCCAAUAUAAUAGUAUAUCGAAUAGGACAGCAAUGAUAUCUUCCAUUGCUUGGUUACCCAGGGGCGCCGCGAAUCCUGUGCCCAGCGUGGCCGAUCCUCCUUCCAAAGAAGAAAUCGAAGAGAUGAUUAAGUCCGGCGCUUUGGAACCAAGUGGAGAUGGUGACAGCGAGGAAGAUGAUGAAGAUAUGAAUGUUGAUGCUGCCAAGGAGGCUGAUGAAGCUGCCCAUGCAUUGGAGGUGGCGGAUGCACUUGGGAGAACUUCCAAAAACACAAAUUCAGGGACCGGUUUUGAUGAUGUAACCAACAGUUUGAGGGAACUUGACAUGGAACAUUAUGAUGAGGAGGAUGAUGGCAUUGAGUUAUUUAGCACGGGUCUAGGGGACCUCUACUACCCAAGUAAUAACAUGGAUCCAUAUCUAAAAGAUAAGGAUGAUGAGGACUCUGAAGAGGUCGAGGACAUGACUAUUAAUCCAAUGGAUGCUGUCAUUGUAUGUGCACGUAGUAACCAGGAUGAUGUCAGUCAUCUCGAGGUUUGGAUAUAUGAAGAAUCUGAUGAUGGGGAUGCAAACAUGUAUGUUCACCAUGAUAUCAUCAUUUCAGCGGAUCCACUUUGUACUGCAUGGCUUGAUUGUCCACUUAAAGGUGGAGAAAAAGGGAAUUUUAUAGCUGUUGGCUCCAUGGAACCUUCUAUUGAGAUAUGGGACCUUGACAUUAUUGAUGAAGUACAACCAUGUAUAGUAUUAGGUGGCAUUGCUGAGAAGAAGGGGAAAGGAAAGAAGACAUCAAUCAAGUACAAAAAAGACAGUCACAAAGGUCCAGUGCUUGGUCUUGCUUGGAACAAGGAGUACAGGAAUAUACUAGCUAGUGCAAGUGGUGACAAACGAGUUAAGAUUUGGGAUGUGGCUGCUGGAAAAUGUAAUAUUACUAUGGAGCAUCAUACUGAUAAGGUUCAAGCAGUUGCAUGGAAUAAUCAUGCAGCACAAGUUAUUCUUACUGGAUCUUUUGAUCGUUCAGUGGUCAUGAAGGAUGGGAGAAUACCAGCACAUUCUGGUUAUAAAUGGUCGGUCACAGCUGAUGUAGAAAGCUUGGCAUGGGAUCCACACAGCGAGCACUCAUUUGUGGUGAGUCUUGAAGAUGGUACUGUCAAAGGUUUUGAUAUCAGGGCUGCCAAGUCUGAUGCUGCUUCUGAGUCAAUUCCAAGUUUUACUCUCCAUGCACAUGACAAAGCUGUUUGCACAGUCUCUUAUAAUCCUUCAGCACCUAAUCUUCUUGCAACUGGAUCUGAGGAUAAAAUGGUGAAGCUUUGGGAUCUGUCAAACAAUCAACCUUCUUGUGUUGCAUCCCAGAAUCCUAAAGCGGGAGCUGUCUUUUCCAUUUUCUUCUCAGAGGAAAGCCCCUUUUUGCUGGCAAUAGGAGGUUCCAAGGGAAAACUGGAAGUUUGGGACACAUUAUCUGAUGCUGGGGUCGCUAAAAGAUUUGGGAAUUACGGAAAGCAGAAGAUAUCUCAAUCCAGGUCUUGAUGUUAUUAUAUUGGAAGAUGAAAGUGGUUUUCAAAUUUUUCCCAGUUAAGCGAAGAGGUUGUCACUGGUGUAAUUUUUAUUUGUUACUUUUAUUUUUCUGAAGGAGGGCAUUGCUACGCGUAAUGUUCUCAAUUUUGAGAUCUGUACGGCGCAGAUUAUCUCUUGAUCUUUUCUAACCUCCCAGUCUCCUCCCCUUUCUAUAUCUUUCUUAUUGGGAGAUGUAUUUAGUAAGUAUAAGCAUAGGGAUUUUUCAAUUUUGGUAUUGCAUCUAUGCUUGAGAAUUAAAAAAAAAAAAAAUGUAAUGUUGGUA